AUGAGUUGGUCCGGAUUCAAGAAGAACCUUAAUCGUGCGGGGACGACGUUGAUGCAAAAGACUGGGCAAAUCGAGCGAACAGUCGAUCGAGAAUUCGCAGACGAAGAGGCCAAGUACAAAGCAUUUGAGAAAGAGACGAAUGCGUUGCAAAAAGAGAGUAAGGCCUAUUUGGAUGCUAUGCGUGCGAUGACGGCCGCACAGACCCGGCUUGCGGAAACGAUCGAUACGUUUUAUGCUGCUGCGGACAAGGCUUCGGAAGGCGCCAUGGCUGGACAUGCGUACAAGCGCUCGGUGGAUGAGUUAGAUGCUGGUGUCACACGGGAACUCGACGCGCCGUACCGAACAACGGUCUUCGAACCAGUUGGGAAGAUGUGUUCGUAUUUCCCGAUCAUAAAUGAUGGAAUCGCCAAACGGAAUAAGAAGAUGCUCGAUUAUGAUGCUUCGCGAAGCAAAGUCCGAAAGUUGGUUGAUAAACCUAGUGAGGAUGCUACCAAGUUGCCUCGUGCCCAAGCAGAAUUAGACGAGGCCAAGGAAAUUUUUGACAUGCUCAACGAGCAAUUGAUUGCUGAGCUUCCCCAGCUGCUUGAUCUUCGUGUCCCGUACUUCGACCCCAGCUUUGAAGCGAUGAUUAGGAUGCAGUGCAAGUUUGCCGAGGAAGGGUACGAGAAGUUGGGUGGUGUGCAGAGGUACUUUGCUGAGAAUGUAAGGGAUGACUAUGCUGCAGGACAACUAGAUGCACAGGUCGAAGGAGUGCUGGCGGAGAUGAAAGACCUUUCUAUUUGUGCAAUCUGA